CUCUGCCCAGGUGAGGCGCGACCCACCAGCCGUGUGCUACUGACCUGCGGGGAUUUGCUGAAGGACUUACGGCAAUGACGGUGGCAUCGGGACACGUGAGGAAAACCAGAGUGACUACACAAUCAGGCAGCAUAGCAUUUCCUUCUGAGCUUUCUGUUCUUCGAAAUUUUCUCUAAGUAAAGGGCUUAUUUGUGAAUAUGAUGAAUGGCUCAUGAAACGGCUUGUACAGCAGGAUGCUUACAGUAAAAUGGAUUUGGAGCAUAAAAGGCAGCAUUAUUAUUAUUCCCCUGCCUGCCUGGCUUCUUGCCAGUCUCCUGCUGCCUUCUAUCUCCCAUCACAGGAGGCUGGAAAAAUUCCCCCUAGGAUUGAUUAACAUGAGAGAGACCUGUGAAAAAUGGAGGCGGUAUGAAGGAAGGAGGAGAUGGUGGAAGGAAGAAACCAGGCUUGCAAGCACUGACACCAGCAGCUGAGUGCCUGGAGAGGAUGGCUGGCUUGAGAGUGGACUUCAGCAUGCUCCUGGAGGCUCUGGGCUUUGUUAAGGUCCUUGAGUGGAUCUUUGCCAUUUUUGCUCUUGCCACAUGUGGAGGCUUUCAAGGUAAAACUACCCUUCUAGUUUCCUGCAAAGGUGUGGUAAACAAAACAGUUACAGCUGCUUUUGCUUAUCCAUUCAGGUUGAAUACUGUUGAAUUUAGUGCACCAGACCCAAAAGGCUGUGCUGGUACUUGGACUGACGUCCAUCUUGUGGGCAACUUCUCCUCUUCUGCACAGUUCUUUGUUACACUUGGGGUGUUGGUGUUCCUCUACUGCAUGGUUGCCCUUGUGGUAUAUAUUGGAUACAACCAUGUGUAUCAGCAAAAUAACAAGUUUCCACUAACUGACUUGGCUAUCAGUGUCUUGAUAGCCAUUUUGUGGAUGGUCAGUACUUUUGUUUGGGCAAAGGCACUUGCUGACAUCAAAAUGUCCACGGAGGCCAACAUUAUUCCAGGAAUUGAAGCUUGUAAAGCACCAGGAACAACAUGUAAUUUUGUUUCUGUGACCAGCAUGGGAAUUCUGAACUUGUCUGUGGUAUUUGGCUUGCUUAACGCAGCUUUAUGGGGAGGAAAUGUUUGGCUUGUAUACAAGGAUACCAAGUUGCACAACCAAUGGAACAGAAUUUCUGAAAGUCCAACUGAAAGAGAAGUAUAAAAACAAGUUGAUACUUUAAAAUGCUUUCACUUUUACACCUCACUGCCAAAGCAUGGAUUCGUUAGGAUUUGUUUCAGUAAUAACUGAUAAUACUUCAUAAAAAAUACUUCAUAAAAACUUCUGGUUUUGUACUGCGGUUUGACAUAAGGUCUCGCAUACUCCAAUUGAAGCAUUUAAUUAUCUUGCAAUAUAUUAUGCCUUUUGAAGUUGUGCAGCUCUUUAUUACAAUUUUUGAAGAGUAAAAUGAUGAGGUUAUCUGGAUGCUGACCCUUUCUGGUUCUUAAGGGAGAGAUGGGGCCUUAUAGGAGAGAUGGGUGAGUUGAGUUCUAACAAGCCUUAUCUGAAAAAUGAAACCAGGGCAUGCAAAAGUGCAAUUUGAUUUCUUCCUAUCACUAAUACCUUGCAAAAAUCACCUGAGUAGACCUUGUAGCUCUGUCAGUGUUACAGCCAUGACAUGAAGGUUUCCAGGUACUUCAUUCAGAUCAUGGUAUCAAACCUGCUGACAGGCCUGUCAGAAAGGACAUUACUUCUGUGUUCAAUAUGUUGUUACUAUGUAAGGGCUUGGGAUGAUCUCUGAGCAAGGAGAUUUUUUGGAUGAGUUUAUACUGAAACUAUAAGAUAAGAUGAGGGUUUAUAUAUGUGUGGAAUAGAGGAGUUAAACACUGAAGGCAAAGUUGGGGAGAAAAAAUAAAAUAUGGCCCCAAACUCUUAUAAAUACUGUAGAAAUCAAAGUUGAUAUAUUGUAACUGCUGCUACCUGAGCUUCUGUGUAUUCCCUUCGAGGUGCAUGAACAAUGUUUGUGUGUGAAAUAACAUAACUGGAGAUGUCUGAAUAUGAAUAAUUUUUUCAUUGAUGUUGUUCAGCUCAUCCAUUGGAAAUAAUAUUUAGGUCUUCUCAUGUGGGUUUCUUGCUUGAGGUGUCUGACUGUGUGAAUUGCCCAGAAUGAACGUUAUGGUAAAUCUAAUAAACAAGCUGUUCACAAGCUGUUUUGAUUUGUUUAAACUGUUUGUGACGAAAAUAGACAUAGUAAUGUGUAUAAAACACAAAUCCUAAUUGUUCCACGUGUCAGAGCUACUGACUUUCUGAUAGUAAAUUUACAGUCCAAAGAGGCUAUAAUAAAGGCUAUAUGACUGCUGAAAAA